AUGGAACAUAUUUUUAAAGUAUUGAAAAUUAAAAAGGAAUAGAUUAUAAUUAUUGGAAGAUUAAUUGAGUGUAGUGUAUCUAUAGAGAUGAGUAUAAAAUAUAAAAAGAUCAAAUCAGUCAUUUUAAGAAGUGCUUUUACAUCAAUAUGUGAUUUUAUAAAGGAGAAAAGUAUUUUUAGGGUAAAGUAAUGAUGUCUAAAUAUUUUAUUAUAUUAAAAUUAGUGACAGAAAGAUUUAGGAAUAUGGAAAAGAUAAAUAAAGUAGUUUGUCCAACACUUUUUAUAAAUGGAAAGGAUGACAAUUUGGGUAAUUAUAGACAUUCUAUUGAAUUAAUGAAAGAGUGUUAAGGUUAGUUCAUUUGGAACUAUUUGAUGAAAUGA